AUGACCCACCAGAAGGGAGUGAACCUGACAGACAUCAGUGUGAAGGAUGCUCAGGAGUUCAUCCAGCUCAGACCCAGCCAUCAAGGCAGCCUGGAAGACAUGUGGCAGGUCAGGAGCACCUGCGAGUCGGGACGGAUCGUGGCUCUGAAGUGCUCAGAGUGCGGGCUGCGCCCCGGGGCCCUGCGGGUGGUCGGGGGCAUGGACGCGGCCCCCGGGCGCUGGCCCUGGCAGGUGAGCGUGCGCCACGGCUCCCAGCACCGCUGCGGAGGCUCCGUGCUGGCACCCCACUGGAUUGUGACGGCGGCGCACUGCGUGCACAGUUACAGGCGGCUGCACGCCUCCGGCUGGCUGGUGGGUGCCGGUGUUGCUCGUGGCUCCAUCGAGCAGGAGGCUGGGGUACCGGUGGAGAAGGUUAUUUACCACCCGCUCUAUAACGGCAGCAGCCUCGACUAUGACAUUGCUCUGAUGAAGCUCCGCGUCCCCCUGAAUUUCUCUGAUGCCAUCCGUGCCGUGUGUCUGCCACCCUCCCAUCGUGACCUCUUCCAGGGCACCCCCUGUUGGGUCUCAGGCUGGGGCUACACCAGACCAGACCAAGCACAGCUAACGGAGACUCUGCAGGAAGCGCUCGUUCCCCUAAUUAGUACCAGGAGGUGCAACAGCUCGUGCAUGUACAAAGGAGAGCUCACGGCCAGGAUGCUGUGUGCCGGCUACCCGCAGGGGAAAAUAGAUGCGUGCCAGGGGGACAGCGGGGGCCCCCUGGUUUGCCAGGACGAACUCACGUGGCGCUUGGUAGGUGUAGUGAGCUGGGGCCAGGGCUGCGCCGAGCCCAACCACCCCGGGGUUUACACCAACGUAGCUCAGCUUCUGCCGUGGAUUUAUCGCACCACAGAGAUCUACUAG